GAGAAAACAUCACCCUUUCUCUCUCAUAUAACAUCCACAGAAAAGAGAGGCUCUCUCUCUCUCUCUCUCUCUCUCUCUCUCUCUCUCUCUCUGUCUGUCUGUCUCUCUGUGUCUCCUUCAUAUAACAACACAUACAGGAGAGAGAGAAGAAGAGAAGGCGAACCUCAGAAAGACUACAAAGAAGCCAUGGGGAGAGCACCUUGUUGUGACAAAGCGAACGUCAAGAAAGGCCCAUGGUCACCUGAAGAAGAUGCCAAGCUCAAGGCCUUCAUCGAACAACAUGGCACCGGAGGCAAUUGGAUCGCCUUGCCGCAGAAGAUAGGCCUCAAGCGAUGCGGGAAGAGCUGCCGCCUCCGGUGGUUGAACUACCUCCGCCCUAACAUCAAGCAUGGUGGAUUUUCUGAAGAAGAAGAUAACAUCAUUUGCAGCCUUUACAUAAGUAUCGGAAGCAGGUGGUCUAUUAUCGCAGCACAACUACCAGGCCGAACUGAUAAUGAUAUAAAGAACUACUGGAACACCAGGUUGAAGAAGAAGCUCUUGGGCAAGCAGCGCAAGGAGCAACAUGCUCGAAGAGUCUCUGGUUUAAAGCAAGAGAUGAAAAAAUCAAAUGGAAAUCUCAUGUUGGCAGAAAACAGUAUCCAAAACCCAUAUUGGCCUGAUCCACCCACGCCCAUCAUGCCCGUUCCAUUAUCAAACCAAAGCCCACGUUCCAUCGAUCAAGCAUCUCUUAAGAAACUGCUGAUUAAGCUUGGCGGGAGAUUCUCAGACGAUCAUCAACAACCCAUCAUUGAUGGGGUAAGUCUUCAACAUAAGAUCGAUGUUCCCACCCCACAAAGUCUCUAUGGAAAUUCUCUCAACAGCUUGAUCUCAUCUUCCACCUCCAUGGAUUCCAUAACAGCCACUAGUUCUUCAUUGCUGAACACUCAAUAUGAUGCCGACCGCAUGGUUAUGCACAUGUUGCAAGAUCCUAACAGUUUCCCACUCGAAUUCGAGGAGAUGGUUUAUUGCAAUCCUCAGAAACUAGAACGAUUCGAAUCCCUUUAUGCAGUGGGAAUGGUGAAUGGAAGCAAUGGAGCUAAUUCAGCUGAGAUCAAUAUCAGCUCUUUGGCCCACCCUCCUUUCUUCUCCAACCACGAAGGCUACCAACACAGCAUGCUCAUCCAAGAAUCCAUCUUCGAUGAAGCUCGGUACCUUGAAUCGCAGUGACUACGCUGUACGUGAAUAAUGUAAAAAUUUGUACCAGUAGGAUUGUGGUGAUGGAUUCUGAAAUAAACCCAAUUCACGAUUUGUUGCUUUCGGGCUUGUUUGGAUGUCGCUUUCUAGAAUUGUUUUUUUGGACAUGUUGAGAUGAUUUAAUUUCUACAGAGUUUUCUUCUCA